AUGGCAACAACACCACGCAGCGGGAGCUCCAGCUCUGGAGCCGCACAACGUCCCAAUGGCACCUCGCAGAAUAAAAGUUGCCAAUUCAAAUUGGUGCUACUUGGCGAAUCGGCCGUUGGCAAAUCGUCCCUGGUGCUGCGCUUUGUUAAGGGCCAGUUCCAUGAAUAUCAGGAGAGCACGAUAGGUGCGGCCUUUCUAACACAAACCAUUUGCAUAGAGGAUACAGUGGUCAAGUUCGAGAUCUGGGAUACAGCCGGUCAGGAGCGGUAUCACAGCUUAGCUCCCAUGUAUUAUAGAGGUGCGCAGGCCGCCAUCGUUGUCUAUGACAUACAAAAUCAGGACAGUUUUCAGCGUGCAAAAACCUGGGUCAAGGAACUGCAUAAACAAGCCUCACCGAACAUUGUCAUUGCGCUGGCUGGCAAUAAGGCGGACUUAUCGAACAUUCGCGUAGUGGAGUUCGAUGAAGCGAAGCAAUAUGCAGAAGAGAAUGGUUUGUUGUUUAUGGAAACGUCAGCGAAGACGGGCAUGAAUGUCAAUGAUAUCUUCUUGGCAAUUGCCAAGAAACUACCCAAGAAUGACAACAAUCCAGGAACUGUUAUAAAGCCAAAUGGAAACGAAUCAACUCAAACGACGAACAACUGUUGCAAGUGAUGUCCCUUUGUAGAAAAUGAAAUUUCCAACGAGAGAUUUGAAAAGUUUAUGCUGAUAAUUAUAAAUAAAAUCAUUAUUUAAAAUUUAAAACUAA